AAAGCGUUUUUCGCCUAUUUAUGAUAUGUUAAUUCACAAUUUAUUACACCAUUUUGCAGAUAUGCCGUCCAAUAGCAAGCGAACAGCGAACUAAUUAACUGCUGUACGGUUACCUCCUCAGACCAACGACAUUUCGCUCAACGUUAUCUGACAAAUUUGUCAACUUUUGUGAUGGAUAGUGAAACGUUGUUUAAUAAGUGUAUGGAGAUAGAUAGAUAGAUAGAUAGAUAGAUAGAUAGAUAGAUAGAUAGAUAGAUAGAUAGAUAGAUAGAUAGAUAGAUAGAUAGAUAUUUUCUUUUUCGCCCUCUCUUGAGGAGGAUCGAGACUUCGCUCUCAUUAGGACGGUCUUCAGUGACUCAGAAGUUGAGCUUCUUCAGUUCCUGCAGCACGUUCAGUCUCGCGCUCAUUUCUGUGGUUUGCUUGUUGAAACCGCAUCGCACCGGAGACAACGUGUAUUCCCACACCACUCAGAAGCAGGAGUAUCUCUUUAUCUUAGCAGGUGGAGACAGGAGCGUUGUGAUCAAAGAAUGGAGAGCUCUGGCUGGCAAGAUGUUGAAGAGCCUCCUGGAAGCCAAGUGUACGAGGUGAAGGUGGUCCAAAACACCACGGCCCCUCACAACUAUCCCUUUGCAGACGUCGCCCUGCUGCAGACCUUCAAGCCGCUCAUCAUCCCCUGUUACGUUCUUGUGGUGCUGGUGGGCGUCUUUGGUAACUACCUUCUGAUCUACGCCAUCUGCCGCUCGAGGAAGAUGCACAACGUCACCAACUUCUUCAUCGGCAACCUGGCCUUCUCAGACAUGCUGAUGUGUGUGAGCUGUGUCCCCUUCACGCUGGCCUACGCCUUCAGUCCUCACGGGUGGACGUUCGGCCGCUUCAUGUGCUACCUGGUGUUCCUGAUCCAGCCCGUCACUGUAUACGUGUCCGUCUUCACUCUCACGGCUAUUGCGGUCGACAGGUAUUACGCUACAGUGCACCCUCUGAAGAGGCGAAUCUCAAUGGCUGCCUGCGCUUACGUGCUGUCUGGGAUCUGGCUGCUGUCAUGUGUGCUGGUCGCCCCCGCUGUGGCCCACACGUAUCAUGUGGAGUUCAGAGACGAGGGUCUGACGAUCUGCGAGGAGUUCUGGUUGGGCCAGGAGACGCAGCGACUGGUGUACGCCUACAGCACGCUGCUGCUGACCUACAUCCUGCCUUUAUCCGCAGUCUGCGUCUCUUACCUCUGCAUCUCGGUCAAACUCCGCAACUGCGUGGCCCCCGGACACCGAACGCGUGACCAGGCCGAGGCCCAGCGGGCACGCAAGCGGAAGAUCUUCAGGCUGGUGUCUCUAGUGGUGGCGGCGUUCGGAGUCUGCUGGCUGCCCAUCCACGUGUUCAAUGUCCUGCGCGACAUCGACAUCCGCCUCAUCAACAAGCGCCAUUUCCUGCUGAUCCAGCUCUUGUGUCAUCUGUGCGCUAUGAGCUCAUCCUGCUGCAACCCGUUCCUGUACGCCUGGCUCCACGACCGUUUCCGCACAGAGCUGCGCAAGAUGUUCACCUGCCACCGUCGCAUCGGCAUAACGGCCAACCAAUGCGCCACAGCGAGCGUCGUGCUAUGAUGCCUAUGAUGAUCUAAAUUGCCCACGAAAUGAAAAAAGAGUAUGUCUGGGUCCAAACCGACAUGCUGGAUGGAAACCCUUGCUUAAUUGAAGGACUGCAAAUGCUAACUUGAAUGAUUCCUUAUGUACAGUAUUGAGAUGAUUCAUCGCUAUUUAUUGAAAUAAAAAGAUGAUUGUAACCUUCAUGUUGUGCUUUUCUCAAAAAUCUGAGAAGCUUGAAAGGUUCCUCACAGCGAUGCCAUAACAAAAGGACCAUUUUUGGUUCCAUCAUGAACCAUUCAGUCAAAGUUUCUUUAAGGAACCAUCUGUUUCUAACCUUUUUAUGAUCUAAAGAACCUUU